AUGUAUUCCCCCGGCCCCGUCUCCGCGCCUCCCGCGCCGAACCACACCACGUGGCACUGCGGCGCGCAGGAGGACCACGCCGUGUCGCGCCUUCCCCGCAGCCACUCCAUCAGUAACGGCGCUAUUGCCUCCGCCGCCGCCGCUAGCAGUAACGGCUGGCAGGAGCGCGGCGGCGGGAGCUCGGGUCCGCAUCCCCUCACCAGAAAUAUUCCCCCGAGGAGUGGCGGGAGUUCCGGUGGAAGCGGUUCCGGCGGAAGCGACUCCGGCGGAAGCUCAGGCGGAAGCUCCGACCCGCCGGCUUUGCAGCGGACGGAGGUCGUGGUCGUGCGGCGCGGGGAGCGCGACCGAGGUGGAAUCGUUCCCCGUGCCCCGCUCUCACCAAGGCCUUUGGGUGCCGUUGCGCCGCCGCAAGGGGAGAGGAUGUUCAGAAGCGCGUCUUGCGACGGCAAUGCCGCUGCCACCGCUGGGUACGCCGCGGAUUGCGGGAGCCUCAAGCCGUGCUCCGGCGGGCCGCCAGUCGUAUCACCCCGCGCCAGAGCUGCCCCAGCUCUUCCCGCUGCCGCUGCUGCUGCUGCUCGAAGCGCUGUUAGUAUGCCUGAUGACAAUAUUCCAAGACGCGCGGAUUCCGCUACCGCGUCGUCAAGGCGAUCCAUGCCGAGCAAAGUCUGCCACAGACAAGUUACCGGAAAUCUCGCGAAGUCCGCGAAUUUCGUGCCAGAGCGUUUCCCUGCUAAAACUUCGUUUCCGCGAAGCCGGUCCGCGAGUUGCUUCCAAAACGUUUCGCAAAGCGCGGCAGUGGACAAGACGCGUGUUGGGCCGGCAGCCGCGGUGGUCACGGGCGGCGACGCGACGGUGAAGUUCCGACCACCGCGGCGACAGUCGUCCAGCGACGAGCUCUCGACGGCGUUAAAAGAUUAUUCUUCCGACUCCUCCGAUUCCUCCGAUUCCGACGACGAGUUCGUGCAGCUUUACGGGGUCGCCGCCAAGCAGCGCGCCGCCGCCGCCGCAGCAAUCGCCGCCGCCAACAGCGCGCUCUGCGCGCGCGCCAGCGUGGUCAGCGGGAGGGGCAGCCGCGCGCUGCCCGGAAGCAGCGCGCCCGGGCCGUUCAGCGCGUCUGGGAAAUCACAGCAAGCAGUGGAAGCGCGCGGCGCGCGCGCGCGGAGAUUUUCCGACCAGUUCCCCAUUCGCAGCGUUCCGGAGGACGCGGAGGUUCUGAGCGACGGGACACGCGCGGACGACGCGGAAGGCGCGUGCGCGGUAACCCCCCGGCGCAGGGCGUCGCGCUCCAUGGACCUAGAUGCGGAGCGCGCGGAGGCCAGCGAGCGCCAGUGGCAGGUUUUAGAGUCAGGUCAAAAGUCGCCACUGGCGCCCCAAAAUUCGCUGCCACUGGCGCCCCAAAAGUCGCUGCUGUCGCCUCGCACAAACUUACACUCAAAGCCCUGUCGGAACGAGUGCCAGUCGCAGAUUAAUGAGUUGACGCAGAAUUCCCCGCUGUCGCCCCAUAAGUCGCUGCUGUCUCCCUGCACGGGCACGAAGCCUUUCUGGAGCGAGCGCCAGUCGCUGAUUUCUGAGUCCACGCAGAAUUCCCCGCUGGCUCCCCAAAAGUCGCUGCCGUCUCCCCGCACGGACUCAAGGCCUUGUCGGAGCGAGCGCCAGUGGGCGGACAGCCAUGGCGUUCAGGUCGCUGUGGCCUCCUCCCCCUUCAGUGGAGUGCUCGCUUCGCCACGAUUCACGCGCCAGCAGCAGCAGCAGCAGCAGUGUAACGCCGUGCGGAAGGUGACAACGGCUGAGAGAGAGGAACAGCGGACAGGGGAGGAGGGCCAUGCAGAGCUAGAUAUGAAGGAUGGAGAGUGUGUGCAGUUGCGGUGGCAGCAGCAGCAGCCGCCGCCUUCGCUGCAGCUGCAUCGGCAGCAGCAGCAGGAAGAUUGCAUGGUUGACUCGCCACCCUCGCAGCAGCAGAGGAGGAGGACACAGGGCACGGAGCAGAUGCUCAGGCGUAGGCGAAACUUUUCAAAUGAGGAGCUACAGGCACAGGUGGAUGCGCUACAGGAGCAAUUGAAGCAGCUACAAACGGAGCACCUGCUGCAGCAGGAGCAGGUGAAGCAGCACGGGGCGGCGCAGGCGAAGGAAUGGCAGAGAAUGGAGGAGGUGGUGGUUCAGGAGGAGCAAGGGCCAGGGGGGGACGAGGAAAUGCAGGAGUCGAGGGUUAAGGCAAGAGGGACAGGACAAGGGGGGCUCUAUUUGAGGGAGCAGCCGUGUCGGGAGUCUAAAGACGGAGUGCCGAUGGGAGGCGCCUCGGGUGGUCCCAAGAAGCAACUGACCGUGCAAACCGGUGUUGGGUUGGCGGAACCGGCGGCUUCCGACUUUGACCUCCCCUCCCCCACUCCGCUCGCUGCUCCUCUCGGCGCGCCGGUUUCCGCGCCUACGGCGUCCGCGCUAGAUGCAGGAGGCGGGUCUGCGGAGAUUCCGCCGCAUGACCCCGGCUCGCCUACUCCGCUAGCAGCGCCUCUUGCGGCUCCGCGGAGUUCAUCUGGGGGUGCUUCCGCUGGUGCGCCCGCGCAGGCGGUCGAUCCUGGAUCCCCGACUCCCCUUGCUGCGCCUGUUGCGCGCACGCCAACUCCAAUUUCCACAGCGGCAGUAACGGAAGCUUCCCCGCAUGAUCCUGGAUCUCCCACUCCGCUCGCUGCGCCGGUUGCUGGCGGCGGCGGCGGCGGUGGAAUGGAUGCGCCCCCGCAUGACCCGGGCUCGCCCACUCCGCUUGCUGCUCCGCUGGGGGGAAAAUCCGCGGCAGGUGGAGGUGUAGCGGGAGGCGGCGGAUCUCCGCCGAAGGCAGGUCACGGCGCGGGGGAGGAAGGCGCGGAGGACGGGGAAGGUAGUGACUCGGACGAAGAAUUUCUUUCACAGUACAAGCAGCUAACCAAGUCAAAGUCACGUGGACGAAACGAGGGGGCACUGCCAGUGGGAGGUAGCGGGAAUAGCGGCAGCGGAAGCGGAGCAAGCGGGGGAGGCUGCGGGGUAGGAUCGGGAUCAGGGGGUGGCGGCGCAGGCGGAAGUGGGGGGGAAACGAAGCCUGGACCAGGGGGGUUAGGGGGAAGAAGCAGGGGCGGGACUCCUCCUGUCCCUUCCGCGCAUGGUAGCAAAAGCGGGGGUGUUGGGGGGGCAGCAUUGGGCGCAGGUGGGGUAGGGGGUCACUCAGGGAAAGGAGGGAUGUCAGCUGCAGCAGCAGCGGCUGUAGCGGCUGUAGCAAGCAAGGCCGGGGGACACAGCGCGCACGGCGGGCAUAGCAGCCCAGUAGCAGCGGUGGGGAAAACCGCAAUGCUGAUAGAAGAAGCUGUGAAGCCGCCUUUACUAAGGAGCAGAUCAGGAGACACAGUCAGGGCCCACCUUGUCGCUGCCGGCGCUGGCACUGGCGGUAGCAGUGGCGCGUGUGCCUCGUCCCCCUCGCCUCUCCAUUCCACCAGCACCGGCGGUAACAGUCAGGCUGGUUCGGGACUAGGUCCGGGAGCGGGUGGAGGUCCGGGUGGUAUGGGUUGCCACUCUCUCUCCAGCCGCCAGGCAGAGAUGCUUCACAACGCUUUAAGAGCUCCUGCUAGGUGCCACUCGGAUAAGGGCAUGCACGGGGUGGGUGGGGGGAGGGACGGGAGCGGGGGCAGCCCCCCUCUGCCUGGGGGAAAACGGGGUCUGGAGGAGGGGAGGAGAGGGGGGAGCUGCAAGGAGGCGGGUGCGGUGGGGGGAGGGGAGGGCAUGGGGGUUGAUGCGGAUUUGUUUGGAUCAAUGGGUGGGGAGGGCGGGGCAGUGGACGAGGAUUUGUUUGGGGCGGAUAAUGGAGACUCUGAUGAUGACGAUGAUGACGCUGCUGUUGCUGCUGCUGCUCCCGCCGGAGCUGGAGUUGGUGUUGGUAGCAGCAGUGUUGCUGCCGCAGGUGGAACAGCAGUGGAUGAGGACCUAUUUGGGCCCUCAGAGAAUGUUUCCCAACUGCCCAAACGGCUUGGCAGAACCUUCAGCGGCUGCGGCACGUCUGUCGCCGCCGGUGCAGGUGUUGGUGCAGGUGCUGCUGGUACUGGUGUUUCUCCUGGUGGCGCGGCAAUUGCAGCAGUGGCGCACAUCAAAGCGCAAGAGCAGAAGCUAUCCAGAACAAGAAGCGUGGAAAGUUACUCGAGACAGUCAGGAGGUGGAGGAGGGGGGGGUGCAGGGAGGGGAAGUGUGGGGCAUAGCCGAUUCGAUGGAGGAGGGGCAGCAAAGGCAGCGGUGCCAGUUUCAUCUGCAGCAUUGGCGGUUCCUGUGGCAAUCGCAGCAGGAGCGUCAACAGUAACAGCUCUAGUGGUGGAAGAUGGUGAUUCUGAUGAUGACGACGAGGAUGAGGGGGUAGGGGUGGGUGCUGGAGUGGGGAUGGGGGAUGGGGAUUUAUUUGGUGACAGUGAUCAGGUUCAGGAUGUGAAGUGUGGGGCGAGUGAAGGUAGAAGUCAGAUGAUGGACGGUUCAGGAGGGGUUGGCAUGAGGAGUGGUAUAGGAAGAGGGGUGGUAGGUAUGGGAAGAGGGAGGGACAAGGUUGAGGAAGAGAGUGCCAUGUCAGAUGAUGACGAUGACGACUUGCAGGAGAUCUUGCAGGCUAUGCAGAGGAGAGCCUCAUGA